AUGGGUGCAGCGACGACAUGGCUUGCAAUAUGGCUCUGGGGCUCGAAUGCCAAGGAUCGUGCGCUGCUGGCCAAACUCGAUGUGACCCUCCUCCCAUAUUUCUCCUUGAUCUGGUUCCUGUUCGGCGUCACUCGGGCGAGCUAUUCCUCUGCCUAUAUCAGCGGCAUGAAGGAGGCUCUGGGCUUCCAUGGCAAACAGUACAACUACAUGAGUACCGCGUACCUAGUGGUUUACGCCGUCUGCCAGAUGCCGGGGACUAGUCUCUUGACGAUCGUGCGGCCCAAAUAUGUCUUCGUCACAGCGAAUCUGACCUGGAGCAUCUUGACCUUGAUCACGUAUAAGAUGACCCAUGCUUGGCAGGUUAUUCUUUUGAAUGCAAUCGAGGGAGGAUUUUCCGCCAUUGCAUAUGUGGGAGCCCAAUUCAUUCUUGGUUCGUGGUACAAGAGGUCCGAGUUGGGCAUUCGAGCUGCUGUCUUCUGUGUUUUCGGUCAAUUAGGUACGAUGGCGGGCGGAUGGAUUCAAGCAGGGUUGCUAGCAACACUAGCGGGGAAGGGUGGCCUUCCUGCCUGGAAAUGGAUCUUCAUUAUCGUAUCGGUGAUAACAAUUCCAGUCGCCUUAUUCGGUUGGGUGUUCAUUCCCGAUCUGCCCGCACAUCGCGCAGCGUGGUAUCUAAGCCCGGAGGAGAAGGAGCACGCUGCGACUCGACUCGGUGCGCUCCGCAAGCAGUCGUGGGAUGUGACCGUGUUUAAACGUGUCCUACUCAGCUGGCAAUUCUGGCUGUUACCCUUUAUCUUCAUGCUGUAUUCUCUUUGCGUGCAAAUGCUGCAAAAUAACGUCAUGGCAUACUGGAUGGCAUCUCGAGGUUACACGACCAUCCAACAGAACAAUUACCCAACCGGCAUCUAUGCGACCGCGAUUGUCGGUACCCUUGCUUAUGCCAUGAUAUCCGACAAGCUGCAGUCUCGCUGGGAAGUUUCCAUUGCCAUCGGGUUGACCUUUGUCAUUGGCUCAUCCAUUCUGGUUUCAAGUCCAUCGACAGAUGCGGGGUAUUUCUUCGCGUUUUAUCUGCUCGGAACGACCUUUGCGCCUCAGGCAGUAUGGUACUCGUGGAUGGCGGAUGUGACUGGUCAUGACUUCCAGCUGCGCGCCAUUACGACCGGGUUCAUGAAUUCGUUCGACUUCGCUUUUGUUACCUGGUGGCCUCUGGUCUUUUACCCUGCCACGGCUGCUCCGAAUUUUCAUAAAGGCUAUGUCGCAAGCUUAGUGACAGGAGCUUUGACUCUGCCAUUCAUCGGCUUGAUUGCCUAUCUUGAAAAGCGGGACAGAGCAAGGGGAUCAUUGGGAGGAUUGAAGCUGAUGGAUCAAUUGGCGAUGAAACUGAUCGGCUGCGAGGGGACGAGCCAGGCAAGCGAGUGGAUGCACCAGUAA